AAGUAAAGAGGUGUAGAAAGCAAGAGUGGCCAGUAGAACAAUAGGUGGAAGCACUUGUAGUCCAAUUGUUAUUAAGUAUGCAAGAAAGUGCCACGAGUUAUUACAAUACGAAUUCUAGAUAGAUGAAAUUCGGAUCCCCUUCAUUUGAAGGUUACACAAGUAUUUAUAGGAAGCUAGAGGGGACAAUGCGCCGCACAUCCACGUCAGGCCAUGUUCUUGGAUGUCACAAGCGUGUUGGACAGAUUGUGCAAAAUAUCUUCGGUGAUCUUUCGUUGAAUUCAGUUGCUACCGUCCAACCUCCCCUAGAUCGUUUCGUGCUGACACUUCCAGCCAUAAAAACCCUACCAGUUAGGUUUACACAUGAUGGAUUUAUGGAGAUUGGAAAUGAUCAUAACAAGCUUUGUAGUUUGACCGGUAAAGUAGUCAAAGUGUACCGAUCAGUUUUCCAGACACCGAUGGACCGGCUAAGCAAACUUCUGUUCUCAAUCCUGAACCGGCCAAUCAAGUACCAGGUCAGGUUUCUAAGGAACAAGAGGAGCUGGCCAAUCAAGAACCAGUUUGAAGAGUUCGAGAUCCCCACCGGUGGGAGUGCUGGAAAAAGCUCCUCCCCCAAGGCAAAGGAUAAGUCCCGACAGCGGGUGAAGAAGGCAGCUACAAUCCACCCAUCCGCCACUGCCAAGAGGCAAAGGGUGGAUUCUGAGGCGGGUAACGAGACCAUCAAAGAGGCCUUCAUCAAUCUCGGCUUAAGGCUGAGGGAGGUUGGAGAGAUCGGGCCCAUUACUGCUGACCGACUCGAGAUGGAUUCUCCUACCGAGGUUGCCCGGUUGAAGAAGAAAAAUGAGGAGCUGGCCGCAGUGAUGAAAAGCCAGACGGACAAGCUGGCAAAGCUAUCCAAAAAUGGCUUGAAUAGCAUGGAUCGGUUCAAGUCUUUAGCCGCGUCCCGUCCAGGAGCUGCGAAGAGUCUGUCAGUUUCUGCGCGCUCUUCCUCAGAUUCAGUUUCUACUGGAAGUUUCGUGAAUUUGAAGCUAACCGCAGAGAAAUUGGUGAAGGAACAAGCUUCUGCCAAAACGGAUCUUCAUUUAGCUAACUCCAAACUGAAGAAAUUGACAGAAGACAUUGGUGUUUUGGAAGAAAAACUACAAAAUGCUUAUAAUGAAAAUGCCAAAUUGAAAGUUAAGCAAAAAGAAGAUGAGAAGCUUUGGAGAGGCCUGGAGUCUAAGUUCUCUUCUACGAAGACCUGGUGCGAUCAACUCACUGAGACUUUGCAACAUUUAGCUGGUCUUGUCCAGGAAGCUGAGGAAAUUAAAGCAUACUUUGAAGAUAAACUAUCUGCAUCUUCAGUUUCUCUUGAUAAUUUGCAUGACCAGAUGAAGGCCCUGUCAUUGAGACUGGAAUCUUCAGAAGAGACUAUCAGACACCGUGAAAGGGAGCUGAAGGAACUUAGCAUUGAGAAGCAGAAAAUGCAGGAAAUAUUCAGGGAUGAACACACUAAAGCAUCCAGUCUAAUAGCUGAAAAAGAUGCCACACUCAUGAAGCUUGAAGAAACGGUCAAAUCUGAUGGAUUGGCUAUUGAGACUUUGAAGUCUAAACUGGAAGAGUUGAAUCUUGAAUCAAGACACAAAGGAGAUGAAUUGAUAAAUUUGAGCAAUAUCUCAAAGAGUUUAGAGAUAGAAAAGUGUGAACUUAUAUCUAGCAAUAAGGAAUUUUCCGACAGAUUGGAAAUGGCACUUCAGGAAAUUAUGAAUCUUCAUGAUUUUGUCAAUUUGCUGACUACAAAACUCACUGAACUGGAUGAUCAAAGUCAAACCUUUUCGAAGAAGGUCACCCAGCUCAAUACUUUAUUUGACACUUGGUUCAAGCUGGUCCUUGAAGAGAAAGACCUUGCUGCUCAACAUGCUGGACAGAAAAUGGACAAGCUCCAAAAGCAGUAUACAUGUAUUCUUUCAGAGAGAAAUGAUCUACAAUUGUCUAAUCAGGAUUUGAGUGAUAAGGUCAUUGCACUUCAGAAAGAUCAAGAAUAUGCAAUGGUGCAGCAUGCAGAAGAAUUCCAUUUAGCAGAAGAGAAAAUUAGGAAAUUAGAAUCUGAAAUAGAAAACCAUUGCUCUAAGAAGAUAGAAUUGGAAUCGAUGGUUGCCAAGUUGCAGAGAGAUAUAGAAAAUUUAUCAGAAAAUGCAAAAGUGUCUGACAAGAACAUGCAAGAGUUGCUAUCAAAGCUCACUCAAUUAGAAACUGAGAACAAGGAUUUCACAGACAAGCUACAAUUGGAUUUAUUAAAAAAAGAUGAAGAAAUUAAUCAUUUGCGGGAAGGAAAUGCAAAGCAUGAAGAGCGUGUAGGUUCACUGGACAACCAAAUCAUUCAGUUCACUACUGCAUUGGAGGAGAAAGAUCGAUUUAUUAUGGAACUUAAGAAUAGGGAGAAAGAGUUGGGAGAUCAAAAGGCUGAGAUUGAAGAAACUUUGAUUGAAGCUACAAACAAACUUACAGAAGUUAAAAAGGAAUAUGACCAGAUGUUGGAAAGCAAGCAGCUAGAGCUUUCAAGGCGUUUAAAGGAUAUAUCUCAGAAGAAUGAUCAGGCAAUUAAUGAAAUGCGGCACAAUUACGAGAUGCAGAGGGUGGCAAGUAUCAGUCUGGAGAAGGAAAAGGCUGAUAAACUUGUUGAAGAGAUGCAAAAGAAAUGUGAGCAACAACUUGUGGAAUGCAGAGAAGAAUCUAGGCAGUACUUGCUGCGUGUACAAGAAGAACAUGCUACUCUUAUUAGUCGCAUUCAACAAGAGCAUGGCCAGAGGGAAACCAAUCUUAUAUCCUGUCACAAAGAUGAGAUAAAACGCAUUCAACUUCAUGCUGAAAAUGAAUUGAGAGAAAAAACAAUAUCCCUCAGGAACGAGCAUGAUGCUCAGUUAAGUGCUUUGAGAUGUGAGCACGAAGAUGAGUAUAGAAGACUACAGGAAGAGUUGGAUAUUCAGAAAUCCAAAGAGGAGAAGCAAAGGGCUUUGUUACAACUGCAGUGGAAGGUGAUGGGUGAAAAUUUGGGAGAAGACCAAGAAGUGACUUCAAAGAAGAACUAUUCUGUUUCAUCUGGGAAGAAGAAACAUUCUGGAAAUGGAAAAUGGGACGACCGUGCUGCAGACCAAGAAGAAGUACAGGAGUUGGAUUCCACUUAUUUGAGAGCAACUGGAACACCCGUGUCAACUUUGCUGAGGAAGGUGGAGAAGGUUAAUACAGGAAGUGUGAUGAGUCUUCCUAAGCACGGUAGGAAGGUUACUCAUCGUGAAUAUGAAGUUGAGACAACAAACGAUGGAACAGUUACCAAAAGGAGGAGAACAAAGAGCACAGUGAUGUUUGGAGCACGGGAGGUAGGGAAGCAAAAGAAGACACCAAAAGCCAAUACUCCUAGGCAUGCUCUGAUGAGGGGAACUAAAGGGGAAGUUCAGACAAAAGCUGCCAAUAUAGGGGACUUGUUCUCUGAAGGAUCACUGAACCCGUAUACAGAUGAUCCAUAUGCAUUUAAUUAGAGGUGCGGAAGAUGUUGCAGGUUUAACCACUCUUGCCCGGAAAAUUUCCACUUUGCUUUAAUUUCUGUUG